AUGUCAAUGGGAAUGCACUCUUAUGUAGAGAAUUGUCUCAUCCAUAACAAAAAUUGGAUUGAAAUGGUUCCGAAUUACGAAAUGGGACUAAGGACCGCCCAAUGGUCCGAAAAGAUGAACGUAAACCCAGACGAAUUGGGUGACUACUUCGAAGGAGAUAUUAUGGCUACAGAUACAACUAAAAGAAGUGCACUAAUCGAUGAUCGCGAGUAUGUCCGUUGGCCUGAUGGCGUUAUUCCUAUUGUAAUCAAUGGUGAUUUCAAUGCCAAAAGGAAGCUCGAGAAAGCUGAGCUGAAGACUAUUAAUGAUUUUGAUCUGCCUUAUGAUUAUGACAGCAUAAUGCAUUAUUCAGCGUACGUGGGUGCCGUAAACAAUCACGUAAAAACUAUUAUCCCCCUAAAAGAUCAAAACGCAGAAAUAGGCCAGAGAAAGCGCCUUAGUGAUUUAGACAUUAUGAAAAUUAAUUUAAUGUUCAAUUGCUCAUCAAUGUCAUACUGCAGUAUUAUAUAGAAA